UUUUUCAUUUUCUUAUUUUUUUUUGCCAUUUUUUUUAUCGAUUUUUGCCACGCUCACUUUACUCCGAAAACAACCCAAAACUCUCUCGGUUACACAUUUGAAUAAUAUUUUCUUGUUUUUUAAUCUUACGCCAGCUGAUUAACAGGUAUCUGAUAGUCGGGAAACUCGACUACAGCGUUUUCUUUGGUUUUGUUUUAUAAAAAUCUAAUCUUCUAAUAUGCUCAUAUAAUUUAAUGAAGAUCGGAUAUUUUUAUAUAUUUGAAAGCAGGUUUUGCUUUAGGAAAAUUACACUAUUUAUUCACAGUCAGGCGGCAUUUCUUAAACCAUAUUUUAAGGCACGAAAAUAUGUUAAAUAACUGUUUACGGUUUACAGUUAAAAAGUUUCUGAAGGUCCUGACUUUACAUUUAAGAUAUAUGUAUAUAUGUAAAUAUAGUAUAUUGCGCUACUUUUUUGUCUUAAAUAUUAGUUUAUGUUCCUUUAAAUUGGGAAUUAAAUUUUAAACUGGAGUUGUCAGGCUAUUCUGGCGAUAGCCAGUUCGCGGACAGAACACUUAUAAUGGCGCAGUUGAAGUUUCUGAGACCCCUUGUAAAAUUAUUGGUUAAUCGUCCUGGAAUCGGAAAAGCAAGUGUUUGGCACGCGGUAAUUGUUACGUUCAUGCACUACUUUUCCUGGGGUCUUCUCACCGUGCCAUUCAUCGAGAAACUCUCGGUAUCCUUUGGAAAUCACGUCCUUCUCGCCGAUGGACUCGUUUACGGAGUUAGAGGAAUCCUGGGAUUUGUGACCACCCCUGUGAUGGGCGCCAUUUCUGAUUUCCGUGGCCGAAAAGUGGUGAUGUUGCUGGCCGUGGCAACCACUUACGCGCCGAUUCCAUUCAUGAUGUUGAAGAGUUGGUGGUUCUUCGCCAUACUCACUGUGAGCUCCAUCUGUGGGAACACUUACUCGGCUUCAUUGGCCUAUGUGGCGGAUGUGACCAGUGUGGAGCAUCGUUCAAAAGGAUAUGGCAUUGUGGCGGCCAGUUUUGGUGCUGGAAUAGCUUUUUCGCCAUCGUUGGGGAACUUUUUGAUGAAAUCGUACGGGUCCGGAUCAGUUAUUUUGAUUGCUACCAUCACUGGGUUGAUCAAUAUCUUGUUUAUCAUAUAUGCAGUGCCAGAGAGUUUGGUUUUAAAGGAAAAAAAGGUUACGCUGGAUGAAAUGAAUGAUAACCAAGUGGAGGACAAGAAUGUCGACAUAAAUUCAAAGGAAAGAAAAGAGAUCUUAAAUGGAGAACAAAAGUUGAAUAACAAAGUUUUAGUGAACAAGCCAAACCACAGCCCCUCACAGAAUCUAGUCAGCAAUAAAGAGCAGAACCAAAAGAUCAACAAAGAAGAAGAAAACUUACAGAAUGAUUUAACUGAAAUGGAGAAAAGUGAUAAUAGCACCUUAAACACCUCCGAUCUUUGGGAAGGGCUGCGUAAAAGCCGUAAGGAUAAGAACCUGCUCGUGAUAUACCUCAUAACAUUCCUGUCCAUUUGGCCCUUUGCCGGAGUGGAUUCUACUGCGCCAGUAUAUCUGAAAACUAAUAUGGGAUUUGAAUAUGAGGAGGUCUCCAUGAUGUUGGGAUUACUGUCUGUGCUGGCGAUCACAUCCAAUCUCCUCCUGGGUUACAUUAUGAACAUAGUGGGGGCCAAGUGGUCCAUCCGACUGGGAUUACUACUCCUGCUAUCGCAGCUGCUCUUCUUCGUCUUUGGGACUCAUCAUUGGAUGUACUGGUUAAGCAGUAUUUUGGCCGCCUUGGCAACAAUUAUUCCCUCUGCCAGUAAUGCGGUGGCUUCCAUCUAUGCCAGUCCCGAAAAUCAGGGGGCUGUACUGGGUAUAAUCUCUGGAAUCGAGUGCUUGAGCGAGGGUUUGGGACCAGCCGUUUUCGGAGUCCUCUUCUUUAUUUUCCAGGAUGAUUCGGAGAAUAAUCUCAAAGUUAAUUCACCGAUUCCAUUUCCUUACGUCAUAGGUGCCAUUAGUGUAUUUGUGGCAAUCGUUUUGAGUGGUUUCAUUCAAAAGGCUAAUCUUAAAAAGGAAGAAGCUGGAACCGAUAACAAAAACAAUAUUUAA